AUGUCAUUCACCUGUGGAUGCAACUCAACUGACCAGCCAAAGGAGCCCCAGUUUAAAAAGUCAAAGUACUUUGAGGACGUGGCGGCAAGCUUUGCUGUCAACACCAAGUACCAGGCAAGACGUGACAUCCCCAAGAACGCCUUCAUCGAGGCCGAACUCCACAACCCUGCCGACUUUGCCAAGCCUCUCAAAGUCACAGCAAUCGAACUCCAGGCCCAGGAUGGCGAGUCGCCUUGGGCAAACCGUCGGUUCUAUGUGCUGUCACCCCGGUUGGAGACUCUGACGUGUGGUCUUCACCCAGUUAAGCUGAACAUUUACAAAGACGAGUCCAGGAGCUCGCUGUUGGGGUCACACGAGAAUGCCAUUCUGUCGCGGAUUGACACUCAGUACUGCAUGAAGGACGAGUUUAUGGAGAAGAUGAAGGAGGCUGCCAAGAAUACCGAGUGGAAGUCUAUGAAGGCAGAAGGAUCGAACGUACAUAGUGGUGUGGGAUCAUAG